AAAUAUGACCCCGUUAGCAACAUGCAUUGAUUAGCUCAGUACCCUUUAGUCUAUAUCACGAAUUUGAGAACAUCCUCACCCGUGUCAAGACUUGACUGCGGCCUUGGUGAUUGCCGCACAAAGCUACCAUGAGAGGAGUCAAGGUCUUUUCAGGCAGGUCUCAUCCCACCCUCGUCCAAUCGAUAUGCGAGAGACUAGGGACUUCACCAGCCAAUGUCGACUUGGGCAACUUCGCAAAUGGGGAGAUCAGCGUGCAAAUUGGAACCUCGGUCAGAAACGAGGAUGUCUUCAUCGUUCAGAGCGGCAGCCGAAAUAUCAAUGACAGUGUCAUGGAGAUGCUCAUCAUGAUUGCGGCAUGCAAGGGCGGCUCAGCCAAAUCUAUCACAGCCGUCAUACCGUACUUUCCCUACUCUCGCCAGUCAAAGAAGAAGAGCCAUCGUGGUGCAAUUACUGCCAAGAUGUUGGCUAACCUGAUGGUGGUCGCCGGGGUAGACCAUGUCAUCACGGUCGACCUCCACGCUUCACAAAUGCAAGGAUUUUUCGGCAAACCCGUUGACAAUCUAUUUGCUGAACCUAUCAUCGCACGUUGGAUCAAGGCCAAUGUGCCUCGCUGGCAGAAAGCUGUGGUUGUUAGUAAGAACGUUGGCGGAACCAAACGAGUCACCUCCCUGGCGGAUGCUCUCAAAUUGAGCUUCGCUCUGGUAUCUACCGAUAGAGAUCGCUCGAAACCGUCACAUCACCAUAACAACAUGAUGGAUAGUACCAUCUUCUUUGAUGCCAUUGAGCCGCAAUCUAUCCGACUGGAACAUCGUCAGAGUGACGGAGAAGAUGGCGAGGAGGGCGAGAGUGGAUUGGAGGACCCUUUUCAAGACACCACGCAUCGCGGUCCACUGCCUCACCGCAAGAAGAGUUCUGCGAGGAGCGGAACGAAUCGGCUGGGUCGUCCAAAAUCCGUCACCAUUACAUCCAGUCCGCUCAUACGAACCACACGAGUAGAGUCAUCGCCUGGACCGGCUACGCCCGAUGAACUGGCCCGAGUUGAUACAGCACCGAGUGCGCGUCGUCCCUCGGAAUACGAACCUAGUGAAGCUCUACACGAUGAGAGGGUGCGCGAUGUGAGGGUGGGUCGAUUGAUCCAGGGUCACCUUGUGGACGACGACCAUCCAUCGUCUGCGGUCUCAAGCUCAGGUUCUGUGUCUGGCGGACACGGCGAUCGUAAUUCUCAGAACCUGCAAGAUGGACCCGACGGCUUUGGCUACGAUCCCAUGGCUGCUUCUUUCGUGUCUACUACUUCAUCUUUCCAACCCGAGCAUGCCCUGGGUGGGACUUUUGACGCCGCAGCCACUUCGGACGAAGAAGAGGAGCAGAUGAAAAACCCUGACCUCGAACAUACCAUAACCCUGGUGGGCGAUGUCAAGGACAAGACGGUGAUCUUGAUGGACGACAUCAUUGACAAGUCGGGAUCAUGGAUUGCAGCCGCCGAGACGUGUGUCAAGAUCGGCAACGCCAAAAAGGUUUACUGCGUCGCGGUGCACGCAUUGUUCGGCGACGACUCCCUAGAGGAGCUGGAAGAGUGCGACUGCAUCGACUACAUCGUCGUCACGAAUACCUUUCCCAUCUCACCCGAACGCAUGAGAUCGUCCAAGAAAUUGAUUGUGAUUGAUAUGUCGAAUCUGCUGGCGGAGGCAAUACGGCGGAAUCACCACGGAGAGGACAUGUCAAGCAUGUUUCGCGUGAAUGAGUAAUCGAUUACUUUAGUGUAGAUCGGAAGUUGAGCAGAGCUCGAACCCGGUUUUUGGCUGAACCUCAGCUUCAGCCUCGACUCAAGGACAGGCCCACACACCAUUAGCUCGCAGGGUGGCAGUACUUGGUCAUUGCUUCAUUCACAAGGAAAGGCAAACCACAACAUCUGUUGAGCUGAACGCCGGGAGAGUUGUCGCUGGUGCAGGUUAUUAUGCGGACGCGGAGUGGCUGUCAACAUCACACCCCUGUAGAGCUGCAUCAGCCACCAGCCUGCAUUUCGCCUGCAGCCUUACGGAGCAUCGCAGCAAAUCUCGGGUUUUUCCCUUGUUUCCAGCCCCAUGUAUUCCACUCGUAGCCUAUGAUGGGCGAUCAACCCAGGGGAGGGGGUUUUGUUCGGUAUUGUACAACUACGGGAGGCACAUUAUCGUUGCUGUGACACGGCAUUAUUGCACAGGGAUGGUCCUAUGGAGGACAGGAUUCUCUCAGCAGUAUGGUUGGGGGUCCCAAAGUGGCAACUCGUAGAGCAAUACGGAGCAUUUUCAGCUCGAUUGUUCCCUUCUUUUUUCGGUGCAUCUCCGAAAUCUCGGGACGAUGGAUAGCCACAAUCUUGAUCCAGAUUAUCAUAUUACUCCCUUUUUUGCCGUACAACCAUGUCACCUUGACUGAAUUUUGCUGUUUUCUCCUCUUGAACCACCACCAGAUCAUCGAAAGUAGCG